AUGCGACAGGUUGUUUCUCAUAAGAAAACAAAAAAUUAUGGUCGGAAGAGAGUUGAACUAGAUAUUGAGAAAAUGCGUAAUCUACCGUUAGUUAAACGUAGUACUAUCCGAUCUCUAGCAUUUGCCUUAGAGACUAGUCCGAGAAAAAUAGGAGAGUAUUUAAAAAAAGGUAUUUUGUGUCGACAUUCAAGUGCAUUAAAACCUCAUAUGACAGAAGAUAAUAUGAAAGCUCGUCUUAAAUUUUGCUUGUCCAUGCUUGAAGAAAGUAACAUUUCAUAUGAUCUAAAGUUUCAGUCAAUGUACAAUAUUGUACAUAUUGAUGAAAAAUGGUUCUAUAUGACUCAAAAAAAUAAGAAUUAUUAUCUUCUUUCAAAUGAGGAUGAACCAUAUCGUUCUUGCAAGAACAAAAAUUUCAUCAUGAAAGUUAUGUUUUUGGUUGCGGUGGCAAGACCUAGAUUUGAUAAUGAAGGCAAUGAAACAUGGUCGGGAAAAAUUGGAGUGUUUCCUCUAGUUGAUAAAGUACCCGCAAAAAGAUCAAGUGUUAAUAGACCAUCAGGGACACUUGAAACAAAACCGAUUACUUCUAUCACUAAGGAAGUUAGUCGAAUGUUUUUAAUAAACAAGGUUUUACCAGCCAUCAAAGAAAAGUGGCCACGAGAAUAUGCAUCAGAACCAAUUUACAUACAACAAGAUAAUGCACCGUGUCAUGUUUCUAUAAACGAUGAAGAAUUUCUACUUGCAGCUUAUGAAGGAGGAUUUGACAUCCGUUUGAUAUGCCAACCACCUAAUUCUCCUGAUUUAAAUAUUUUGGAUAUAGGUUUUUUUUCAGCCAUCCAAGCAUUGCAACAAAAGAAUGCGACGAAGACAGUUGAUGAACUUAUUCAAGUCGUACAAAAUUCCUAUGAUGCUUUCUCUAGCGUAGAUUCGAACAAAAUAUUUCUCACACUUCAAUCAUGUAUGAUUGAAAUUAUGAAAGUCCGAGGAUCGAAUAAUUACGAAAUUCCUCAUAUAAAAAAAGAUGUGAUGCUUAGACAAGCCAUUUUACCCGCUCAAUUAAACUGUGAAAAGAAGUUAGUUGAGGAAGUUAUUGAAUGUUUACAAAAUUAA